AUGGCGCAGGCGGACGACGGACAGCGGGAAAGGGGGGAUGCUGAGGAAGCGGAGAAGCCGCGGGCGGGGGUAGACGUGGUGAAUCCGAGCCUGGAUGGACGAACCUCUGCCGAGCCUGACGAUCCCGCUUUUCGCGCUCUGUUUGCGACGCACAAGGAGCAUCUGACGUGGACUGACGCGGGCCGUUUGCGCUGCACGCUGACUGGUCACGAAUUCCUUCCAACCCACGAAUCGCUGAAGCGACACGUGGCAAGCAGAGUCUUCGCCAAGGCGGCCGCGUCGCUCGCGCUGCGGAAGUUCGAGCCACACGUCGUGCAGUCACCUGAUAAUCCUAACAAGCUGCUCUGCACGUUGACGAACAAGCUUAUACAGAAAUCGGAGGACGCUGUAUGGAAGCACAUGAUGGGCCACAAAUUCCAAAAGCAACUCGCCAAGAAGGAGCAGGAGGCAGCAGCGCGGAGGGCGGCCAGAAGGGCGGAGAAGGACGCAGCAAGCCAGCCCGCAACUGGGGGAACGGACGUGGGGGGGGGCGCGGGGGAAGGUCGGGGGGGAGAGGAAGGGGAGGAGGUGAAAGAGGAGGAGGAGGUGGAAGAGGGAGAGGAGGUAGAGGAGGGGGAGGUGUUGGAGGAAGGGGAGGAAUGGGAGGAGGUAGGGGAGGGGGAGGGAGGUGAGGAAGUGCAAGAUGGGGCGGAGGAAGUGGAGGAGGAAGAGAGAGUAGGGGAGGAGAAGAGAGUGGGGGAGGAGAAGAGAGUGGGGGAGGAGAAGAGAGUGGGGGAGGAGAAGAGAGUGGGGGAGGAGAAGAGAGUGGGGGAGGAGAAGAGAGUGGGGGAGGAGAAGAGAGUGGGGGAAGCGAGUGGGGAAUGGGAGGUUUCUGAAGAAAAAGCUGAGUGCAGUGAAGGGGAGACAGAAGAUGACAGUGAGGAGGAGGGAGAGGAGGAAGGGGAUGAGGAGGAUGAGGAAGUGGAGGGGGAAAAGGGAGAGGAGGGGGGUGAGGGUGAAGGGGACGAGGUGGAGGAAGAAGAGGAGGAGGAUGGGGCAGAUUUUUGGAUGCCUCCUGUAGGUGACAGGUGGGACGGGGAUGAUGGGGGUGAUCGGUGGGGCAGCAGGGAGGAGCGGCGGGAGGCGAAACGGAAACGAAGAGCUGAAGAGGAGGAAGCGGAGGAAGAUGAGGAAGAGGACACAGAGGACGAGGAGGAAGAGGAAGAGCAAGAGGGGGAGGGGGAGGGGGAGGGGGACGAGGAUGAGGACGCAGGGGGUGAAGAGGAGGAGGAGGAGGAUGAUGAGGAAGAUGAGGAAGUGGCAGAUUUUUGGAUGCCUCCUGUGGGUGACAGGUGGGAUGGGGAUGACGGGGGUGAUCGGUGGGGCAGCAGGGAGGAGAGGAGGGAGGCAAAGCGGAAACACAGUCAAAGGCAAGCGGAGCAUGGGCAGGUGGGGGAGGGGAGCGAGGAGGGUGAAGAGGAUGGAGAGGAGGAAGGAGAGGAGGGGGAGGAGCGGGAAGCAGCUUCACAGGCCGCUGCAGCCGCACAAAGCAAUAGGCGUAAGCGUAGGAAAGGGGGGAAGGGGCGUUGUUGA